GUCAGAGGAACAACAUCUCUUAGUUGUGGAAUUUAUUUUUACAGUGCCAUUGUGUUUAUGUUAAAAGUUUUUUAAUUAGUGUUUAUGCCAACCGUGAGUGAUAAAUUGUCUGGGAAUUGUAUCCCAUCAGCGAUGGCAUCAGACCAGGAAUCCUCUGAUGAAGAGCCUGAUAGUGAAAUGUUAAGUGAUGAUUUGUAUUUGCAGGAUAGUGAUGAUGAUCGACAGACGAGGAGUGUUCAGAGUCUAUCGGAAGACUUACCACAACUGAACUGCUUAUUGCGACCUCCUCGCAAGCUGUUCACGAAUUGCCGUGAGCGCUGGCGACAGCAGAACGUAAGCGGUGCCUUCGCUGAACUAAGAAGAUUGGUGCCAACACAUCCACCGGACAAGAAGUUAUCCAAGAAUGAGAUACUUAGGAUGGCGAUAAGAUAUAUCGGUCUUCUCUGCGAAGUACUAGAUUGGCAGAAGAAUCACGGUCUACUCAUCAAUAAGGAAGACUCCGAUCUUGCGGUAAAAUGCGAGUCUCCUUUGAGUCCACAAUCUAGAUUUCUACGUCUCAAAAGACCUUACUUUGAUGAUGACAAAAGACCGAAGAUCGAUGGAGAUUUUGGGAAAUAUGGUGAUGAAAACGAAGAGAAUCUUCGUAGAAAUAUCCAUAGAAGUGUUGGUUUUAACAAAGAUUAUUAUUUUGGGAAAGAUCAUGUAAAGAUUUUGAGGACUCAGUAUUAUUUUCCUUCUAAAUGGAGACAGAAUGUCCCAUUUAGGAAUUUGGCUGCUGAACGAAAUGGAAAUAAUCUCUUAAUGAUUGCACCAGCCCAGGGUAACGAUGACACUAAAAAUGGGAACGGUAGACUUAAAGAUAAAGAUGGCAAAGAUAAAUAAACGUAAUCGUUACGUUAACACAUUUUGAUCUCUAUGCUAAAUAAGUUUAAAAUAUAUUUUAACUCUUAAUAAUUAAGUUAAUAAUUAAAUAUGUUAUUUGUUAUAUUAUUCUUUUAAUUUUAUUUUGUGUUGUCAUUAUUUUUUUUUUUUAUAUUUUAGUCAAAGUCGUAGUGUUUUUUGUAGAUUUAUCUCUCACUUUUUAUCUUGUCAAAUACACAUUUGAAAAAAUACAAUAUGUUACAAAAAUAAUGUAUUAUUUUAU